AUGGGCUGGCUGCACAAAAUUGGCGAGGAACUCGGCUUCGGCCACAUCGCGCGGUCGCACUCGAGGCGCGACGUCUCCCUACUCUUCUUCUCCCGAUUCAUUCGCAUGGCCGGCUUCGGCUCCUUCGCCCCGGUCCUCAUCAUCUUUCUCCGCGAGAUUGGCUUUUCCGACCGGUCUGUCGGUCUCUUCCUCUCUGCGACUCUCCUCGGCGACGUCCUCCUCUCGCUCUUCGUCACAUGGACUGCCGACGCAUUCGGCCGCCGUCGCAUGCUCGCGCUGGGAUCGCUCCUGAUGUGCGCUUCGGGCGUUGCGUUCGCCCUCUCGCGCAACUACAUCGUCCUCCUCGUCUCCGCCAUCGUCGGGAUCGUUUCGCCAAGCGGAAACGAGACUGGACCCUUCUCCGCACUCGAGCAGGCCAUGCUGAGCGGGUUGACCGAGCCAGAGGGCCGUGUCAGUCUCCUCAUGUGGUACCAAGUCCUCGGCUUCCUCGGAAUCAGCGUCGGCAACAACCUGACGGGCGUCAUCGUCGGCGGCAUGGAACGCUACGGCAAGACCACGGAGCAGGCCUACCGAGCCGUCUUCACGGCCUACGCAGCAAUCGCUGCUAUCAAGGUCCUCAUCUCGUUCCUCAUGACUCGCCACGCCGAAGUCGACCGUCCUCGCGCACCUGCUCCUGCCGCUCCUGCGCCGUCUGCCCAGCAGAACGGCGACAGCGAGCGCCAGCCGCUCCUGCAGGGCCAGCGUCGCGAGGCGAACCCUAUCCUCGACCCUCCUGCAGUCAACCCUUCGCACCCUGGCCUUCCCGUCGGACGCCUCGUCACGCUCUGCCUCAUCUUCGCCCUCGACUCGUUCGCCUCGGGUCUCGCACCCCUCUCCUUCAUCUCGUACUAUCUCCGCACCGUCCAUGCUGCGCCCGUCAACCUCAUCGCGCACUUCUUCUCCAUCACGGCCAUCAUCGCCUGCUUCUCGCAGCUUGCCGCCGCGUCCAUCUCAAAGCGUCUCGGCAUCAUUGGCACGAUGGUGGGAACACACGCUCCGGCGCAGCUCCUUACGAUCGCACUUGGAUUGGCACCGACUCUUCCUAUCGCCCUCACCGUCUUCACGGCUCGCGCGUUCCUGGCGACGAUGGACGGAAGCGUUCGAGGCGCCUUCCUCGCUGCUGUCAUUCCGAACGAGCAGCGUACUCGCUUCCUCGGUAUCAUCAAUGUCGUCAGGACCUUGGCGACGACGCCAGGCCCGACGUUCUCGCUCACCCUGGUCAGCAUGGGUUACAUCCGCUGGUCGUUCGUCCUCAUGGGCUCCAUCAAGAUCCUCUACGACAUCUGUCUCUUUAUCGGCUUCAAGACUGCCCGUCUCGAGCACUAG